UUUCUAUGAACUCGGUCAGCCUCGCCACGGCAGAUCCAUAAACAUUUCUGCGAACAACUACGCAGCCGGGAUCGUCGAAAGAUGGGUAUGUAACUGGUGUGACCCCUGUGGCCGCCUCGGUGUUAUCGGGGAUCGAUGUGAUCGCGCGCGGCACGAAAAUAAGAAACCAGUCUUCCAUCCGCGCUCACAUGAUCAACAACAUGCGGCGAACGGUGAUCGUAUGCGCGUCGUUGCUGACGCUGCUUGCCGUCGACACCCUGGCGAUCGAGGGCGUGAAGGGCGGCCAUCGGUCCCACACAGGUGCCAAAGGAGGACGGCCCGGGCAAAAUGUCGCCGUGAACACCACCGUGUCCGCCGGACUUUGCUACAAGACGAUACCCUACGCAGAUGCACUGGCUAUGAACUCCACGGGACAAUUCCCUCAUAACACUCUUCCCUCGACACACGAGGCUGGAACGACAAAUGGACUGAUCACGAUCCUAGACUGCUGCGACGGCUAUGAGCGCAACUUGAUGUCCGGAGGCUGCGAGCCUCGCUGCAACCAGGGCUGUUACGGGGGAAAGUGCACCGCGCCGAACGUUUGCAGUUGUCCGCCAGGUUGGUUCCCGCAGGAGGGUGUCUGUAUGCCGUACUGCGAGAUGCCCUGUCAAAAGGACGCCUACUGCUUCUCGCCGAACGUGUGCGCCUGUAAAUUAGGCUACGACGAGGUGAACGGCGAGUGCAAGCCUAUUUGUCCAGGUGGUUGCAACAAUGGAGACUGCGUAGCACCGAGGGUUUGCAGGUGCAAGCCUGGCUAUUCGUUGCAGUCUUCUGCGGACCCUGCAUCAGUGAUUGAGCCUAAGAUAUGCGUGCCAGUCUGCGAGAACUGUCGCAAUGGAGAGUGUACUGCUCCAGGAGUUUGCACCUGUCACGAAGGAUACAAGAAUCCCCCAGGCGACACCGAGACCUGCAACCCAGUCUGUCUAAACCUCUGCGAAGGAGGGGACUGCGUUUCCCCGGGAGUCUGCAAGUGCAAACCAGGUUUCACUCUAGGUCCGGACGGCCGCUGCGUCCCAGACUGCCCCACAGGAUGUCCCAACGGCGAGUGCGUGGCCCCAGGAGUCUGCACUUGCAAACCAGGCUACUCAAUAGACCCUACAGGCAAAUGCGCACCCCAGUGUCUUCGAGGAUGCACGAACGGCGUGUGCGUGGCUCCAAAUACCUGCAACUGUAGUCCAGGUUACACCCAAGACCCCAGUGGCAACUGCAUACCCGAGUGUCCCCAAGGCUGCCCGAACGGCGAGUGCGUCUCCCCGGGUGUCUGCAACUGCAAGAUCGGCUUCACGCGCGACUCAACCGGCAGCUGCGUUCCCCUGCCAGGCAUGUCCAGCACCGGGCCGCUGUGCAAAUACGGUUGCGGCGCGAACGGGACCUGCGUGGGACCGAACCGUUGCGUGUGCGACUUGGGGUCCCGCGUGGACCCGGACACCGGCAUGUGCAUACCGUCGCUGACUUCAUUCCAGUGCAGAAACGGUUGCGGGUCUCAUGGGGUUUGCGUCGGGCCCGACCUGUGCAUCUGCGACUACGGGUUGAUGGUGGACCCGGAGACUGGCAAGUGUCCCGAGCCAAGACCCACCGACCGGACGCCGUCCAUGUGCAGAUACGGCUGUGGCCCGUACGGCAGGUGCGUUGGACCCAACCAGUGCAUCUGCGAGGCGGGCUACGUGAUGGAUCUCCAGACCGGCCGCUGCACGCAACCCACUAGGGAUCCAUCGCAGGCGGGUGAACCGAUCUGCGAGACGCCUUGUCUGAACGGCGACUGCGUCGGACUGAACCAGUGCAACUGCAAACGCGGCUACACGAUGGACCUAGCGGACCCGACCCGGUCCAGAUGCCUGCCAGUCUGCAUCGGCGGCUGCCCCAACGGCGUCUGCACCGCACCCAACUUCUGUAUCUGCAAUAUCGGCUACAGGAAGGAGACAGGGGUCAAGGGCAGACAGAGAUGCGUGCCGCAUCCUGUGUCAUCCUUCUGGAUGCGGCUACCAGAGGCGCAAGCGGCGAUAAGGGACGGCGAAACGCUGAGCUCCUCCCAACGUCGUGUUAGUUUUGCUUCCAUCGUUCGUUCCAACAGUUGCGAGAUGAAGCUUCUCGUGUUCGUCAUUAUCCUCUUCUCAAUUGUUUCUCCUCAAUCUGGAUGCAAAAGUUACAAAACCGCACGGAGAACGAAGUAUCAGUCGUACCUGGAAACGUAUCGCGCGAAGACGUGGGGCAUCUUCUACACUACGAAAAUGAGGGUGAACUACAAGGUGGUGAGUUACCUCGAUCACUUUUGGGAUUGCUGCUACGGCUAUGAGAAUGUCUAUGGUUUAUGCAGGCCAAUAUGCGAAAUUGACUGCGAAUCGCGCAACGCGACCUGUACUUAUCCUAACACAUGCACCUGCAACGAUGGCUUCCAAAGGGACGACUUGCAUUCUGAGUUCUAUUGCCGUCCUAUCUGCAACAACGGGUGUCUGUUCGGCACCUGUGUCGCACCCAACACCUGCGAAUGCAACAUGGGCUAUCAGCUAAUUGAGAACACUUGCGAACCAGUCUGCUCUGAACCCUGCCAUAUGGGCAAAUGCAUCGCUCCCGAGACCUGUCUCUGCGAGUACGGUUACAAGUUACUUGAAGGCUCGGCGCACAUCUGUGAACCAGUCUGCGAGAAUACCUGCGUGAAUGGAAACUGUACAGCGCCGGAAACCUGUACCUGCUACACGGGCUACAUGUCGGGCCCACUUCUGUACGGUUCAUUCGUCUGCGUGCCCGUCUGCGACGGCGGCUGUUCGUUCGGCGUCUGUAUCGAACCUAAUGUCUGUGAAUGUGACCCGGGCUAUCAGCUAAUUGAGAACACUUGCAGACCAGUCUGCUCUAAACCCUGUGAAAUGGGUACGUGCAUCGCUCCCGAGAUCUGUACCUGCUAUUACGGUUACGGACUAACCGAACGCUCAGCGUACAUCUGCGAGCCGGUUUGUGAGAAAGCCUGCGUGAACGGUACCUGCACCGCUCCUGGCAUCUGUGACUGCCACGAAGGAUUCGUCCUUUCUGACGACGAAUCCGAGCAACACGUCUGCAAGCCUCACUGCGACCCGCCCUGCGGACCUUACGGAGAGUGCACCGCGCCUAACACCUGCACCUGCUUAGAGGGAUACUACGCUGAAAGCAUGGAUCAUUCUGUCAACACGUCGAUCUCUACCGUCGAACGAUUUGUUGUCUGCCAACCGGAAUGCGAGGAGUGGUGCAAGCAGCAUGGCCAUUGCAGCUCACCACGUGUCUGCACCUGCGAUCCCGGUUACCAGUUCCAUCAACACUUGAUGAUGUGCUUGCCUGUCUGCGACGAGGAGUGCGUGAACGGUUACUGCGACACACCGAACAAAUGCGGCUGCCUGUCGAAUUAUGAACCUCUAAUGGGGAAACCCAACGUCUGUGUACCUGUCUGCUACGACGGCUACGUGUUAGACGGAAUGACCUGCACGCCGGUCUGUACGGAGCCCUGCGGCGAAUAUGGACUCUGCGUGGCACCGGGAGCUUGCAGGUGCAACGAUGGCUAUCGCUACGUUAACAACACGACAGAGUUCACCUGCGAACCAGUCUGCGACUUGGACUGCCAGAACGGUACCUGCGAGGCUCCGAACGUUUGCACCUGCCAUUCGGGCUUUGCGAAGGACGAAGACGGUCGUUGCCAACCUACCUGCGCCUCCUGCGAGAAUGGCACCUGCGUAGCUCCCGAGGUGUGCCAGUGCGACGAAGGCUACGCUCUCGUUGCGCAGGGAAAUAGAAGCUUCUGCGAGAUCACCUGCGGCAAUUGCACGAACGGAAAAUGUGUGGCGGUCGGCGAGUGCGAAUGCGACGUCGGUUUCGUGAAAAACGGCAACGACACCGGAUGCGUGAGCGCCUGCGGGAACAAUUGCAACGAUCGCGGCUUAUGCGUCACUGAGAACGGCACCUGCGAAUGUUAUUACGGAUGGAACGGUCCGCUCUGCGAGCAGCCGGCGUUCUGCAUUUUGGUCGUUGAAAAUGGCACCGAGUACUUGAACGCAACGAGCGUCGCCGAUAACGUGAACGACACGAUCGUGAGCACGUUCUCCAGCAGCCCGAUAUGUUUCAACGACUGCUUGGACGAGAUCGGUAACGAGACGUUGUGCUUUGACAAGUAUAGGCCUGUCGGCGAGGAAAAUGAUUUUGUCGCGUGCCUCAUGAACACUGAUUCGACCUGUUACACGAUCGCCGCGGGGAAAGAGAGCAAAAUUGCCAACUCUUAUACCUUCAUCUUAAUCGCAGGCAAUCUGGUUAUCAUGAUAUUAGCCAUCAUCGCAUUGCUUGUGGCGAUACGGAAGUACAGAACAAGGAGUUUUGCUAUAAGUGCUGCCCAAACGAGUGCAUUGAAUAGCUGCGCGUCGCUGCUGCCCGCGGAGGACAGUACUCUUUAGCGUUGUGAGACGACCUCAUACUAAUUACAAUUUGUUAAACUAAUAGUUAAAUAGACUUUAUUAUUAUGAUUCUUAAUAAAUAAGUUAAUAUAUUCUUCA